AUGGCCACUGCGGUGCACACGUAUGCUCCCCCCCCCCCCAUUCCCUCCCUCCCUUUCCUCCCUCUCACGUACGACUCAUUCAUCUACAGACCGCCAAAAACAUCCGCACAGGCACAGGCGCACGUCCUGUUUCUCCUCUUAGCAGCGCAUCUUACGCAGAUGCUGAGCCGGUCGCUGAGGCUCCUUAGCAGCAAGGCGGCAGCCAGCACCGCAGCCCUGCCUGUCUACAACACAACGGAGGACGGUUCUGCCGACAGCAAGGCGUGGCGCCUGUUCUUCAAAGACGGCCUCACAGAUGCAGUGGUGUCGGCGUGGCACAACCUGCCCCUGUACCCUGGUACUACUGCCGAUCCGCGUGUCUUCACCUACGUGGCGGAGAUCCCCAAGGGAACGCGUGCGAAGCUGGAGCUGAGUAAGGAAGAACCGCACAACCCCAUCAAGCAGGACAUUUUCAAGAGCAAGGAGGGGCAGCCGCUGCGGUACUUUCGGUAUGGCAACAUGCCCUUCAACUACGGUUUCCUGCCAUGCACCUGGGAGGACCCGAUGCACAUCGACCCGCACACCAAGUGCAUCGGCGACGGCGACCCUGUUGACGUCGUGCACCUAGGUCCACCCCACCGCGUCGGCACCUACGAGCCAGUGCGCAUUCUCGGUGUGCUCGGGCUGAUUGACCAGGGUGAGACCGACUGGAAAAUCAUCGUGGAGUCUGCGUCGGUGACAGCGGGCGAAGGCUACGGGACGUUGGCGAAGGUGCCACAGGAAUUGCAAGCGACCAUCAUCGACUGGUUCGAGAACUACAAAGUACCGGACGGCAAGAAGAAGAAUGAGUUUGCCUUUAGCAAGGAAAUCAAGGACGCCGAGAUGGCGCUUAGCAUCGUUGCGCAGUGCGCUUCGCAGUACGACGCCUUGAUGAAGGGGAAGUGCGCCAACCCGGGCUACUGGCUGCGUGAGGCGACGGGGUCUGGGUAG